CGUGACUCAAUGAAUGGUUCAUUUAUUAUUUUUUAAUUCUGCAUUCUGAAGUCAUCUGAUCCCACAUCAAGUAAAAUUCAUGAAAAAAAGAAGGGAAGAACAAAUUCCCCUUAUUGGUUGAUUCGAAAGAUUUCCUGCUGCUGUUUUCCUAAGGAACAGGUGUUUCCUCGGCUUCUGACAGUUCCCAUGGCAAAUGCUUGGUUUCACCACUUAUUACUGGUCUUCGUGACUUCUUGUAAUUGGGUUUAUCAAGCUGACGCAUAUGAAAUCGAAUUUGUGGACUAUAGCUCUACGUUACCUCGAAUCCACGGGCACACCGUCAUCAGGACAGUGCUGGAAAAUGCUGAAAAGAAAUUCGAGCUCAUGAAGACGUUGAAUAUCUCGAAGUGUUUCGACGAUGUCGAUUCGAAGGACAAAGUGGAGGAGAUUCACUGGUGGCAUGACCCAAGAAGACCUCAUCCUGAAGACUCAAUUGAAACUGGAAAUCAUCACAUGGAUAUAUUUGCGUCUCCCAGAAAAGCCAAGGAAAUUCAGACUUUGUUGAAGCGAAGCAAUUUGACCGCCGUGACAUUGAUAGAUGAUGUCCAUAGGCUCUUCAAGCGAGGAAUGCCGAAGAAACGACGACGAUCCAAUCGGAUGACUUGGACAAAUUAUCAAUCCGCUGCUACUAUUAACAGAUUCUUGGACCUGGUCGCAAAAAAAGUGCCUCACGCGACUACUGAAGUUAUUGGAAAAACAGCGGAAGGAAGAGAACUGAAAGUCCUCAAACUGAACACAAACAACGCUGCUAAAGCUUUUUGGAUUGAUGGCGGAAUUCACGCCAGAGAAUGGAUAAGUCCGGCUGUCGUCACUUUCAUUAUCAAGGAAUUCGUCAGCAAUUAUUCCAGACAUAAAACUGUCAUUGAUUCGUACCAAUGGUAUUUCCUACCACUCAUGAAUCCCGAUGGGUACGAAUACUCGAGGACAAAAGAUCGAAUGUGGAGAAAAACCAGGUCGCCUUCUUUGAGGAAAGGCGGAUGCGUCGGUGUCGAUGCCAAUAGGAACUGGAACCACAAAUGGAUGGUUGUCGGUGCUUCACAGGAUACCUGCUCGGAGGUCUAUGCCGGUCCUUACCCUGAAUCGGAAAAAUGUGUUGUGGCUGUUCGAGAUUACGUGUUGAAGAGACUAAAGCCGAGGAAAGACGUGCAGCUCGUUGCCUUCUACACGUUCCAUUCCUAUUACCAGGGAUGGAUGUCUCCCUGGGGCUGGACUUCCGCAACGCCGCAACGUCACGAUGAA